AUGACCGAACCGGUCCUAGAAUCUCUUACUAUUAUGGAAUCUUUAAAUCAAAACCCAAAAACUGAAGAUGUUACGCAGGUCACCGAAGAAGGAAAGGUGCUUGACCCCCCACAGGUUGAGCGAGUAGAAAACGUAGGAGUAGCCAUCCCAACAUCUUUGGCUAAGGAAGAAAUGUUAGAGUGGGAGGCUCGGCAGUUGGAGGGUAAAACCCCCACCGAAUCGCAACAAGAAGAGACGUCGCAAGCUCCUAGCUUGAUGGCAAUCAGUCAGGACGUAGCAACGCCUCCAUAUGAGACAUCUGAACCCAUCGACGACUUAAAGGCACCUCGAAUGGAGGAGGUACCCCCGAUGGGGACGCUGGAGGCGAUGCCAUCUAGUGUGGUGACUGACCCCAUAGGAAUGGAUUACGAAGACGCUAAUAGAGCGCCUAAGAGGAAGAAUCGACCUCAAGAAAUUGAUUCACAGGAGGAAAAUGGAGAAGAGGUCAUGAGGCCUCCUAAGCUCAGGAUCAGAAACAGGCGCGUACUGCGUGAUGACGAUCAAAACGGUGACUCACAGGAAGAGCCUUCUCAGACGAUAGCGCCGGCGUGUGGUGAUGGAAAAAACACUGCUCAGGGCUCGGCGUCUGAGACUGAUGAAGAGAAACGGAAGAAGCCAGGUCGCCCGAAGAAGUGUAAACGGGCCAUCGAUCCUGAAGAGGCGGAAAAGAAAAUCAUGGAAGCAACGGGAGUCGCACCAGAGCACAUCGAUGAGAAUUUGCUCUUGAGCAUGACGGCCUCGGACAUUAGCGCGCAAGCUCUCGAGUAUUUAGAGCACUUAGAAGUCAUACGAGUGAAGAGUGGCCGACUGCAAGGCGGCCUAAGCGGCGAAUUGAAGAAGAGAAAGACGUGCCUAGAGGAAAUGGUCCGAGCAUUACAGUUUAAGGCGGAAUCAAAGAAUGACCCGGAGUUCCUAAAACACAAAUUAGGAGAAUUGAUGAACGAAAUUAAGAAGCAUAAAAAGGAGGAAGAAAAGCGCAACCGAGAGGUUAGUGAGUUGAGAGAAACAAUAAAUGAGCUAAGAAAAGAGAAUAGAGAGAUGAGAGAGGAGCUACGACGCGUACGCGAGGAAGUAAGAAGAAAUAGUGAAGAGAGAGUUGUCAGCAGAAGCGAGAGGGAGGGGGAAGGUCCCCCCCCUCGAAGAGUAGAAGAGUCUGGCACUAAAUGGAAGAUGCAUUCAUCUAGGAACUCAUCCGUGGAGUCCAGAUCGAGGGACGAAAGCAGGUCGAGGAGUCCUUCCGUGGUGAUGAGACCGCCCCUUCGUGGUAAGUCGGUGCCAAUCCCGGAGUACCUGAAACAGAAAAAAGAUAAAUUAGAUAAUUUGGACAGACAGAUUGCGACCCUGACCAAGGUCAGAGCUUUAAUGAGUAGGACGGAGGAGGAUAGAGGAGAGACGGUGUCUGACAGGGCGAAGGAAGAGGAGAGUAUGCCGCCUCCGGCCCUCCCUCCUCCCCCACUCCCCCAGAGAAAGCCCAGAAUACGAGUAGUAGAAAACAUCCAAUUGGUCCCGCCGAAUACGAGCGACGGGCAAAUUGGGGAGCAGGAUAAUCUGGCUAAGCAACAGAGUACAGCAGGUACGGAAAAUCAAGAAUGGAUUAAAGUAUUAAGGAAGGAGAAGAGAAAGGAGAAAAGGAAGAGGAAGGGGGAGGCCCUGAACCAACCGGUCUCAGGCCCUCCACUUCCUCCCUCAAGAAAGGAAGAACAGGAGAUGAGAGGAAAAGGAAGGACGAGCGGCAUGCAAGAAAAGGCUCCCAAGGCUCCCAAGAGAAGAAUCCCCAGAACCGCUGCCGUAAGCAUUAAAGGUAGGAGUGAAAAUUUCUCUUACGCGGAGGCGCUAAGAAAGGCUCGCUCUAGCAUAUCGCUGAGCGAGUUAGAAAUUGGAACACCCAACAUUAGGAAAGGCAUCAAUGGUGCCACAAUAAUUGAAAUCUCUGGUCCGGAAAAUUCCGAAAAGGCAGACAAGCUGGUUGCCAAACUCCAAGAAGUCCUAGAAGACGCUGUGGUAACCCGUCCAGUUAUCAAGGGAGAAUUGAGGCUCAUCGGUCUUGAAGAGUCUAUUACAAAAGAGGAGAUCGAAUAUGCAAUAGCGGAGAACGGAGAAUGCGGCAUGCAGGAGGUCACAGUUGGCGCGAUUCGUCCGACUAGAACGGGACUCAAUAAUGUGUGGCUCCGUUGUCCCCUUAAAACCGCAAUUGCAAUCGCAAACAAGGGGAAGAUCCCCAUAGGCUGGACGAUAGCUAAAGUAGAGUUACUGCAAGCCAGGCCUCUGCAGUGCUACAGGUGUUGGCGUAUAGGUCACACUGUUAGGAGCUGCAAAGUGAAUGUGGACUAUAGCGACUGUUGCUUUAGGUGUGGCAGAAAAGGGCACAACGCAAGAGCGUGCCAAAACCCAGUCAGGUGUGUGCUUUGCGCAAAAUUAAAGAGAGAGAGCAAUCAUCGCGUUGGCUCUCCUCAAUGUGAGGGAGUCAAGAUAGCAGUGGAGCAAGAAGACACUACCCCUGUGCGGAGGACAGAGGAAACGCAGAUGGAGACAGACAAUCAUCAUGAUUAA